AUGAUUGCAUUGGAAUCUUUUGGUCAUCUGCUAAGACAAUGCUUUGGAAACUCCGUAAUACCCGAUAAAUUAAUGAUAGCUUUACUGGGUGGGGUGGAUAGUGUUUGUUUAGCUUACUUAUUAACGAAAUAUCGUGAGAUUUAUCAUCCAAAGUUGCAAAUUUCUGCUAUAACUGUUGACCAUAGAUAUAGAGAUGGUUCAACUGAAGAAGCUAAAUCUAUAGGUUCAAUGGUACUGGAAUGGGGUAUUGAUCAUCAUAUUCAUACUUUAAACUAUGGUAAUUUGUCUUCAGGAAAUAUAUCCAAUUUUGAAGAAGUAGCUCGAAUGAAACGUUAUGAAGGUUUCCAGUCCACUUGUAAUAAACUUGAUAUUCUGGCUUUACUUGUAGCUCAUAAUUUCGAUGAUCAAUUAGAAACUUACAUGCAAAGGGUUCAACAGAAUUCAACUGUCUUUGGUUUAACUGGUUUAAAACGAAACAGUCUCAUACCUUUACAAGCCACCAGUCCAUUCACAGCUCAUCCUCCGAUAUCGGUUAUAAGGCCGUUAUUGGAUUAUAGUAAGAAAGAUAUCAUAGCUACCUGUGAAGAUAACGGAGUCACAUGGUUUGAAGAUCAUACUAAUAAAGAUAUAAGUUUAACUGAUAGGAAUUUAUAUAGGUAUUUGCUCAAUGAUUAUAUUCCUAAGAAAUUAGAGGUCAACCCCGAUAGUGAUCUUAAGUUGAUAGAUAGAGCCAGCUUAACCUCAGGAUACAAUCAAGCAGUGGAUUUGGCACAUUAUGCCCAUAAACAAGUUGAAUAUUUGAAUACCAAAUUGGAAUCUAAUAUUGAAAUCUUACCUGAACAUUCAAUGAUCAAACUAUCAAUGGAACCUUCGGAUAUUAAUGAUAAUGGACCUUUGGUUCUCGGAAGAUUCUUCUAUGAACUCAUGUACCCUAUUUCACCUUCUAAAAAUUAUCAUUGGUCAUUCUCCAAAAUACUCAAUAAUUUCAUUCCUAGAUUACUUGAUUUUAUCGCUAGCGAUAAACCUUCAGCAAAAUUCACAUACCUUAACGUUCUUAUGGAUAUCAAGAAACACCAAGAUCUCAUACACAUCAAAUUCACUCGUCAACCUAUCAUUAGACUAGAUGUUUCUGAAAUCAAACAAUCUUUCAACUCAUCCCAUUUACACCAAUGGAUACUUUUCGAUAGGAGAUACUGGUUAUACUUCAAAGCACAACAUCAAGACAUUAAUGAUAUCGAAAUCUUACCUUAUGAACCUAAACUUCAUAGAAAAUUACUUAUUGAUCAAUUUGGUGAUAGGAAAGUCCCAAAAAAAAUUACUCCUGGAACUCCUAUCAUUCUUGUAAAUAAAGAAUAUUAUGCUUUACCCACCUUCAAUUUAUCACCUUCGGUCAUUGAUAUUGAAUGGGCUUUAAAGGAUAAUAUUUACCACUAUAAAUAG